CCUUCAAUGAAAGCUGAGACGGGGGAACGGUUGACUGUUGGUCCUGAAAUCAGCUCAGAGCUCGGAUACAAAACCAGGAGCGUCGCUGUUUUAGCAGCUUAGUUCUCCCGCAUCUGCUCCAUUACACCUUCUGCUGUGCGUCGGAACUUUUGUCAUUUACUGACUGUAAGCACGUUUAGACCUGCAGCUUACCAAAAGCAGAGAGACAACUUGGAUAACGCUCUCAUUUUUUUCCCCUGCCCACCUUCCUGUCUUGCUGUGAUUGGUGUCAAAGGUGAUGGUAUCAUGUUCUAACAGAGGAGGACUCCUCAGGUGAUGGUAUGUCUUUUUGGAGAUAGGGAUCACUUUUGGAAACGUGCUAGGUUUUCCAAAACUUUUAUUUUUUCUGCUGCUACCUUCGCUUUGGCUCAAGCAUGGCUCUCUACUCUCGGUUUGUGGUCGUGCUGCUUUAUGGAUGGAGUUAUCUGUGCGUUGGAUACUGCGCGAUGCUGAAAAUAGACAAUUUCCCCGAGAGACGAAAGGUGGAUUUUACGCAUUCGGUGGAUAAAAAGCACACUGCGAAAGACGACCAGGACCUGCUUUUACAGGAUACAAUGACGGAACACAUGCAGAUGCUUUACGCCAAGUACAACCGGGCUGGAUUUCCCUUCAAGGACGGCAACACUGUCCGCAGUUUCAAAGCGCACUGGGGUACAAUAAACAAGAAGCAGCUGCAGAUUUUCAACCUCACCUCCCUCACCAAGUCAGAAGACGUUCUGUCAGCCACUCUUCAUUAUUACAUUGGAGACCUUCAGAACAGCACCCAGGGCUGCUCCAGGUCCAAAAGCUGUGGCCGCCACGGCCCCCGGAGGCACAGCCAUAUCCACAUGGUCAUCUGGAGUUUCGCCUCUGUGGAUAACAAGAUGAGGACUCUGGGACACUUUCGGAUCAAUGUAUCCACCCUCUACAGGGACUUCAUAUCUUGGCAGUGGAAGGACAUAACUCGUGUGGUCAACCAGGCCAAAAACCACGACGAGCUGCUGAUUGGGAUUGAUGUGGCUUCACAAGGGCCCCAGCCGUGGAAGAAGCUCCUGUCGGACCGCUCACCGUACAUCCUGGUCUACGCCAAUGACUCUGCCAUUUCAGAACCUGAAAGUGUGGUAGCCACCCUCCAGAGACACCAUCCGGUGGGAGGGGAGGGCUCCAUUUCACACAGUUUCCAUAAACUUGGACUGCGUGAGCGAAACAACACUGAACAAGAACAGCCGCAGCCCAGGCACAAGCGCUCGGUCAACGUUCUGCUUCCGUUGCAAAACAAUGAACUUCCCGGGCCCGAGUACCCCUACGAGACGACCGGGUGGGAUGAGACAAGUCCAUAUGAACCUUAUGAAAACAAGCAGGCCCGUCGGCCACGUAAAAAGACACGCAAGAAUCAGCGGCACAAGAUGCCCCUCCUGCAGUUCGACGAGCAGACGAUAAAAAAGGCGCGAAAGAAGCAAUGGAACGAGCCUAGGAACUGCGCUCGAAGAUACCUAAAAGUGGACUUUGCUGACAUUGGAUGGAGUGAAUGGAUUAUUUCACCAAAGUCGUUUGAUGCCUACUACUGCUCAGGGUCCUGCCAGUUCCCCAUGCCAAAGGCUCUGAAGCCCUCUAACCAUGCCACCAUCCAGAGUAUAGUGCGGGCAGUGGGCGUCGUCCCAGGCAUCCCUGAGCCGUGCUGCGUCCCAGAGAAGAUGUCUUCCCUCAGCAUCCUCUUCUUUGAUGAGGACAAGAACGUGGUGCUGAAAGUCUACCCCAACAUGACUGUAGAUUCUUGUGCCUGUAGAUAGUUUUUUUUUUCCUUUAACGCCUGUUCACAUAAAACUCAUCAUACAGAAAAGAAAAAAAAAAAAAAUCAACUCAUGCAGCCUGAACGACACUCUCCUCCUGUUUCUUCAGUCAUACACUUAUUCACUUACAAACACCCGCUGAACGCAACUUCCCUUUUGCACUGGAGGAGAGUACUUCCUGUUGUUCCAGGUGAAGAGGAGACUGGUCCGUUCACGGGAAGGAAUGGAUUGUGUGAGUUAUCCUCGUGGAAGAGAACUGGAAUGGAAAGUCAAAUCUCCAUGCUCCAAUUUUACCACCGGCACCACUGUUUAUCUCUAUGUCUUUAUCAUCACUGCUCUGUUAUCUGUUGGGUGAUAGCAGGGUGAAUGCAAUCAUGAACUCACUAUCAAGCUAUACAAUUACCAGCAAGGCAUAAGAGAGACAAAAACAGAAGGAAAAAACACUUUUCAGGAAAAAUGACCUCAGUUUGAACUGAUGCCUCUGGGGGGCGGGGGGGAGUCAUUCUCAUCUUUCUCUCCUUCAUAGCUUGAAGUUGUCUUUGGUCAUUAUUACCACAAAGUCAGACUCACACUUGCAUGGUUUUUGUUACUAUGUGUAUGUAUUUAUGUCUGUACUAUCACUGUGUUAUUCACUAUAUGAGAAGUUAUUGUAUAAUUAUUGGCUUGGCUGCUAUAGAGAGAUAUAUUAGAUUCCAAAGCCAGAAUUAUGAUGUAGGCGGUACAGUAGAUAGCCGUACAUAUUUGUGUUUAGAUUACUGCUCCAUUGUUGUACAGAACCCACAUUUUAAGAGUUUAUUAUAUGCGGAUGAGUAAGCUACCUUUCAUAUGUGGUCUUCAUUAACAUUUGGAAUGGGGAGACCCAUUACACCAUUGCUUCGUCAAGAAAAUGUUCAAGCUUUAGAAGUGAACUUCAGAUGUCAUUUUUAAAGAUAAAGGGAUAAAGCAUAUCAAAAGGAGAAACUACUACAUCAAACAAGGGCUGUCACCAUGUUUUUAUUACAAGUGUAAAACCACAGGACUCUAAAAGCCACUUGAUGCUUGUGUGGAAACCUUGAAACCUUUGUUGGACCUGAUAAGUUCAGAAAGAAAUCAAAUAAGCCAUGGGACUUGGCAGGCAUUGAGGAUUAAUACUAUGAGUUUGAUAUCAGGCUGAACUUUGUUGGUUUUGGCAUUGUUAAAGUUCAGAACAUGUCAUCACAUGUUUAAAAUGAUGUAUCACAUUUACAGCAUAGAAUAACAUUUAUGAAGAGAAACCAUUUUAAACUGCCAGAAAGCUUCUAGAAAUAUCAAAAAAAAGAAGUCAGUAUCAAGUCAAUAUACACUACAAUCAGUUUUUAUUUACAUAUCUUUUAGGCUCAUCAUUUUUGGUUUUUACCCAUUUUCAUUGAAAAAAUAAUAAUUUUAAAGGUUGAAAUGGGCUGAAAAUCUGAACUUUCACCUGGAUUUUAUGUUCUUAAACAUCUAAAUGCUAUUGUGUUUUCAGCUCCAAGAAAAAACAGUUAAUUGUAGUUUACCGUAAAUUGGUUUCUCUGGUGGCAGAGAGCUCAUAAAUGCUUCUGCUAACUGAAACUGAUGAAGAUGAAAAUAGAGAGAAAACAAAAACGAGCUGUGCAAAAAUGAGAUGUGCAUUAUACCCAUUUAAAAAAAAUUGAAAACCAAAAAUGAUGAAAAAUACAUAUAAUAUAUUGAACGAUCAUGGAGAGCUGAUCUGUUUUUCUGGGUCGCAUAAGCCUUUAAUAUUACUGUAUAGAGUAGAUUUUACAUAAAUCUUUAGGGGAUGUGUUAUUUGAUAACAUGUAUUCACGUCAGGUCUACAUUGAACAACAGGCACACCUGGAAGAGCAGUUAACUUGUCGUAAUCUUGCUUUGGUUUGUGCAUUAUUGUCAGAGUUCAUAAAAUCAAAUAUUUAUUCAGAGCAAAUAGACUGAAAUAUAGCAGCAAACCUUUUUCUAUAGACUUGUACAUUGUUUUUGUAUAUAGCUCACUAUACGUUGAUGACAUUCUAAUGUCUCUUUGAGUGCCUUUUGAAUUGAUGGAUUUCUGCUUUUCAAAAAGUUUGAUUUGAUUCAUCACCUGUUCAGAGGGGCUCGGUCAUUCAGAGAACGGAGCUCAGUUUGCAAUGAAGCUGAAGUCAAAGCAAGCGGCUGAGAAUAGUUUUUUAAUGGUACAAAAUAGUCUACAAUGAGUGAACAUAGUGCAUAUUCUUUUGAUAAGUAAUACAUUGCCAGUUAAAUUUAUUCUAAAAUGUGUUUCAAAUAAUUAACUAUUUUGAUAUUUCAGAGACAUUUAUUUUGUGUCAAUAGCUAAGGGCAGAUUUUUUUUUAACUUUUAUAUUUUGUACUGACACUUUUUCCAGUUUGUGCUUCCUCAUCUUGUGCCAAUACAGAUUUUAGCAAUGCUGUAGAAUGGAGUGUCUUCCUCUGGUUGUGCCAGUACAACAUUGCAGACAUGACGACUGCUGACGAGUCGUUUUUGGGGCCUCUGCUUUUGCUGCAUUUGAGACCCAUUUCUAAACUUCACUAAUGUCUUUUGGAGUGCAAGUAUCAAAUAUGCAGUACAGUAUAUCAGCAGUUUACAAGAGCUUACUCUACUUCACUGUUAAAUCCUAUCUUGUAAAUGUUAUGCUGUAGGUAAAAAAAGAAAUGCUUGUACAAUAAGCUUCAUAAAAUAUAUUUGUAUAUGGAAAUGACCUUUAACAUGCAAAUAUUUAUUUUCUGUAUGUUGCAUAUCUUGUAGAGGUGUGGUCUGGGAAAGGGGGAUCAAAAGCUCUGAUGUGUCGAUGGUCUUUAUAUCUGUGAUGGACAUUUGUCACUACUGAUGUGAAAGUGUGGUGAACUGUUUAAAGGUCUCCCCCUCUGAGCUCUGACCAACCUUACAAAGCAUUCAAAGAAAUGAAUAAAAGUAU